AUGAGUUUUGAUUCGACUUCAUCCAAGAAAUUCAAUUUGGAGAGAGCAUCGAAUUUCAUGAGACAAUUCCGGGAUCCGGAUUCGAGGGAACUGAAAAAGCUAUCGGCCAAUCAGUUUAUGGAGAUCUGGAGUCAUUACGACAAAGAUGGCAACGGCUACAUUGAAGGUACGGAGCUGGAUGGCUUCCUGCGAGAGUUCGUGUCUAGUGCCAAUUUCACGGAUAUCAGUCCCGAUGUAAGUACUAAGGAUAUUACUUAA